GUGGAACCGGCAUAGAGAUAAGCUGCUCUGUCAUCCAUUCUCCUUUCCAUCCGCCAUUUCCAAUCAAUAUGACUAAGCUUGCGCUCCUCGUCCGAGGAACUGCAGUACUACUUUGUCUAUUGAUCUUCCAAGUAGCAUCCACUUCCCAUGGCCAAGCGAGUGGGUCGGGAGCCUGCAUCGGCAGCGAGCGAGAUGCGCUUCUGUCCUUCAAGGCAAGCCUCCUAGACCCUGCUGGCCGUCUCUCGUCAUGGCAGGGUGAGGAUUGUUGCCAGUGGAAGGGAGUCCGGUGCAGCAACAGAACGGGCCAUCUCAUCAAGCUCAACCUCCGCAACAUCGACAUGGAAGACUACAUGCGCUACUACAUGUACGACUACAGCGACUACAACUACCCAAACAGGAGCAGAUCAUUGAGCUUGUCGGCGGGCGAGAUGAGCUCUUCUUUGGCUACUUUACAACACCUGAGGUAUCUUGACCUGAGCUGGAAUGACUUCAAUGGCACAAGCAUCCCUGUCUUCUUGUCUUCUCUCAAGAACCUAAGGUAUCUCAACCUCUCGACGGCAGGAUUCAGUGGGAGAAUACCUUCUCAACUUGGCAAUCUCUCAAAAUUGCAAUAUCUUGAUAUCAGUUGGAAUUAUUAUUAUUAUGGAAAUAAGUCUUACAUAUUGGAUCUUGCAUGGUUGCCACGUCUCUCUUUGUUGAGCCAUCUUGACAUGAGUUAUGUGGAUCUUGGUUCUGCGAGGGAUUGGUUUCAGAGAGUUAAUAUGCUUCCUUCUCUUAAAGUGCUUCGCAUGUCCGACUGUGGACUCAAUGGUACCGUGUCUGCUACUAUAUCAAUUUCCAACCUCACACAUCUCGAGGUCCUUGAUGUGUCCUGUAACACCUUCAGAAUACCUUCCCAAUUUGGAAAUCUCUCAAAGCUGCAAUAUCUUGAUGUCAGUUGGAAUUAUUAUUCUGAUGUGGCUCUUGCAUGGUUGCCACGUCUCUCUUUGUUGAGCCAUCUUGACAUGAGUUAUGUGGAUCUUGGUUCUGCGAGGGAUUGGUUUCAGAGAGUUAAUAUGCUUCCUUCUCUUAAAGUGCUUCGCAUGUCCGACUGUGGACUCAAUGGUACCGUGUCUGCUACUAUAUCAAUUUCCAACCUCACACAUCUCGAGGUCCUUGAUGUGUCCUGUAACACCUUCAGAAUACCUUCCCAAUUUGGAAAUCUCUCAAAGCUGCAAUAUCUUGAUGUCAGUUGGAAUUAUUAUUCUGAUGUGGCUCUUGCAUGGUUGCCACGUCUCUCUUUGUUGAGCCAUCUUGACAUGAGUUAUGUGGAUCUUGGUUCUGCGAGGGAUUGGUUUCAGAGAGUUAAUAUGCUUCCUUCUCUUAAAGUGCUUCGCAUGUCCGACUGUGGACUCAAUGGUACCGUGUCUGCUACUAUAUCAAUUUCCAACCUCACACAUCUCGAGGUCCUUGAUGUGUCCUGUAACACCUUCAGAAUACCUUCCCAAUUUGGAAAUCUCUCAAAGCUGCAAUAUCUUGAUGUCAGUUGGAAUUAUUAUUCUGAUGUGGCUCUUGCAUGGUUGCCACGUCUCUCUUUGUUGAGCCAUCUUGACAUGAGUUAUGUGGAUCUUGGUUCUGCGAGGGAUUGGUUUCAGAGAGUUAAUAUGCUUCCUUCUCUUAAAGUGCUUCGCAUGUCCGACUGUGGACUCAAUGGUACCGUGUCUGCUACUAUAUCAAUUUCCAACCUCACACAUCUCGAGGUCCUUGAUGUGUCCUGUAACACCUUCAGAAUACCUUCCCAAUUUGGAAAUCUCUCAAAGCUGCAAUAUCUUGAUGUCAGUUGGAAUUAUUAUUCUGAUGUGGCUCUUGCAUGGUUGCCACGUCUCUCUUUGUUGAGCCAUCUUGACAUGAGUUAUGUGGAUCUUGGUUCUGCGAGGGAUUGGUUUCGGAGUGUUAAUAUGCUUCCUUCUCUUAAAGUGCUUGGCUUGUCUCAUUGUGGACUCAACAGUACCAUGUCUGCUAGUAUAUCACUUUCCAACCUCACACAUCUCGAAGUCCUUGAUAUGUCUGGUAACAACUUCUAUACUUCACUCAAGCAUGCAUGGUUUUGGAAUCUCAAAAGCCUUAAGGAGCUUCAACUCUCAGGGUCAGGCUGGGUAGGGUCCAUUCCUAGUGAUUUGGCAAACAUGACGUCCCUUGAAGUCAUAGACCUGAGUUUCAAUCAGCUCGUGGGUUUGCUACCAAACAAAUUAGAAAAUUUGUGCAAUUUGACAAGGAUGAGGUUCAAUUAUAACAACAUAGGUUCAAGCAUAGGGGAGUUCAUGGGGCGAUUGCCAAAGUGCUCAUGGAAUAAACUGCAAGAAUUGUCAGUGUGCGGUGGAAAUAUGAUGGGGAAUCUGCCCACUUGGAUAGGGAACAUGACUAAUCUUAGUGUUCUUGAAGCAUCUGAAAACAUGUUGACUGGCCCUCUGCCUGUAGGACUUGGAGCACUGGGUAAUUUGGAAAUGUUGGGCCUCAGCUACAAUAAGUUCAGCGGUGUGCUAUUGAAAGAACAUUUUGCAAGUUUAGGCAACUUAAAGGUUUUGGAGCUCAGCUACAAUAACUUCAGCAGUGUGAAAGAACAAUUUGCAAGCUUAGGCAAAUUAGAGCAAUUGGACCUUAGCCACAAUAACUUGAGCGGUGUGCUAUUGAAAGAACAUUUUGCUGGUUUAGGCAACUUGAAGGUUUUGGAUCUCAGCUACAAUAACUUCAACAGUGUGAAAGAACAAUUUGCAAGCUUAGGCAAAUUAGAGAAUUUGGACCUUAGCCACAAUAACUUGAGUGGUGUGCUAGUGAAAGAACAUUUUGCUGGUUUAGGCAACUUAAAGGUCUUGGAUCUCAGCUACAAUAACUUCAACAGUGUGAAAGAACAAGUUGCAAGCUUAGGCAAAUUAGAGCAUUUGGACCUUAGUCACAAUAACUUGAGCGGUGUGCUAUUGAAAGAACAUUUUGCUGGUUUAGGCAACUUAAAGGUCUUGGAUCUCAGCUACAAUAACUUCAACAGUGUGAAAGAACAAGUUGCAAGCUUAGGCAAAUUAGAGCAUUUGGACCUUAGUCACAAUAACUUGAGCGGUGUGCUAUUGAAAGAACAUUUUGCUGGUUUAGGCAACUUAAAGGUUUUGGAGCUCAGCUACAAUAACUUCAACAGUGUGAAAGAACAAUUUGCAAGCUUAGGAAAAUUAGAGAAUUUGAACCUCAGCCACAAUAACUUCAGAGGUGUGCUCUUGAAAGAAAAAUUUGCAAGUCUGGGCAACUUAAAGCUUUUGGACCUCAGCUACAACAAAUUCAGUGGCGUGCUCUUCAAGGAAGAUUUUGCAAGUUUAGGUAAUUUGGAGCAUUUGGACCUCAGCUAUAAUAACUUCAGUGAUUUUCUUUUGAAAGAACGCUCAACAAGUUUAGUUAAUUUAAAGCAUAUGGAUCUUAGCCAUAAUAAAUUAGAUAGUGUGCUCGUGGAGGAGCAUUUUGCAGGCCUAUUGAAUCUAGAGUAUCUGGACUCAUUGUACAACUCUUUGAGAUUUGCUAUCGACAAAAAAUGGAUCCCUCCCUUUAGAUUGAAAGUUGCUAGAUUCCGGUCAUGCCUACUGGGCCCCAAUUUUCCAGAAUGGCUUAAAUCGCAGUCAAACAUUGAGGUUCUUGUUCUCAGUAAUGCGAAUCUGGAUGACAUUAUUCCUGAUUGGUUUUGGGUGACAUUUUCCCAAGCUUCAUUCUUGCAAGCAUCAGGAAAUAAAUUGCAUGGCUCAUUACCGGCACAGUUGCCUAUAAAAAUAGUAAGACUGAACCUAUCUUCAAACUCUUUAUCUGGUUCAUUGCCAUCAGAGUUAAAUGCUCCACUACUCGAAGAGUUUUUGCUUGCAAACAAUCAAUUCAUAGGCACCAUUCCGUCGUCUAUAUGCCAAUUGACUAAACUGAAAAGGUUGGACCUAUCAGGAAACCAGUUAACAGGAGAUAUUAUGCAGUGCCAAAAGGAACUUGUUCCAAACUCUACAGAUCAAUUUGGCUCUGACAUGCUGAGCUUAGCCUUGAAUAACAACGAUCUCACUGGUGAAUUCCCUAAAUUUCUUCAAAGGUCAUCAGGAUUAAUGUUCCUUGAUCUUUCUUACAACAGGUUAUUUGGAGGACUGCCAGAAUGGUUACCCCAAAAAAUGCCACACAUGAAAAUAUUAAGAGUGAGAUCAAAUAUGUUCAGUGGUCAUAUUCCUAAGAGUCUCACUUCCCUUCAUGGUCUUCAUUAUUUGGAUAUAGCACACAACAACAUGACAGGAAGCAUACCAUGGUCUUUGUCAAACCUGAAGGCAAUGAUGACAAUGGUGUCACAGGACACGGGUGAUUAUAUUUAUGAGGAGAGCAUCCCAGUAAUCACAAAGGAUCAAAAGCGUGACUACACCUUUGCAAUCUACCAGCUAUUGGUUGUUCUUGAUUUGUCAAGUAAUAGUUUGGCAGGACAGGUUCCAGAGGAGAUAACUUUACUCAUUGGGCUUACCAAUCUGAACUUGUCAAAUAAUCAACUCACCGGAGCAAUCCCAAACCAAAUUGGUGAUUUAAGGCAGCUGGACUCACUUGACCUGUCCUUCAAUGAAUUUUCUGGUGCAAUACCAUCAAGUUUGUCAGCUUUAACUUAUUUGAGCCACUUGAACUUGUCAUACAACAAUUUGUCCGGUGCAAUACCAUCCGGACAACAGCUACAAGCUCUUGACAACCAGAUGUAUAUCUACAUCGGUAACCCUGGUCUUUGUGGAGAUCCUGUUGGCAGGAACUGCUCAACACAUGAUGUAGAGAAAAGUGGCCUCGAAGAUAUAGAUCAUAUGCCAUCUGUUUUUCUUGGCAUGAGCAUUGGAUUUGUGGUGGGUCUGUGGACAGUUUUCUGCACUUUGUUGAUGAAGAGAACAUGGAGGGCUGCCUUCUUCCGGUUUGUUGAUAUGAUGUACGACAUGGUUUAUGUGCAAGUGGCUGUAAGGUGGGCUCACAUGAUGGAGAAAAAUCAAGAUGGUGCACCAUGAAGUAUCUACUAUAGUAUUUGUAUAUUUGCACCAUAUCUCUAUUUGUAGCUCUAAAUGAGCCCCGGCCCCUGGCUGGAUGUCUGUACUCUAUUGUAUUGUUAUUUGUAUGUUUGCACCAUUGCUCUAUGUGUAGCUCUAAAUGAGCGUUGGCUGGGCGUUUGUACUGCAUCGUAUUGGUAUUGGUAUUGGACAAAUCAAGAGUAUGUAUACGUUUGCUGGAUUGUUUAAGCUGAAGAAAAAAUAUACUGCCCUA